AUGUGGACCACCAGCACUCCGAAAUACUCUGAGAUCAAAAAUGUUCGUGCAUCUCUAUCCUCAUUCGCAGCCCAAAUCAGUAUCCAGCAUGCAGUCUUGCAGGCCAAGCGCGCUGUAAAGCCAGAGAAUGGCCUUCAUAUACGACUGACUGCAAAAUCAGAUUCUGGUGCAUCGAAGAACCCCAUACAAUCUGAAUGGAAAGAUAUUGGAGCUAAUACUGUCUCCCAAGUCAGUAAAAUCAUUCACACACACGAACCCUUCCUAUUCGAUUUCCUUUCAUGUAUUGCAUCAGGAACAUCAGAUAAUCAGAUUUUGAGCUUAACAUAUUCAGAGGCUGUUACGCAUUCCAUUGCUGCCCUCAACUUUUGUCUGAAUCGACAAGCCAACUGGCUUCCUGUUGCUCGCGGAAUCCUUUACUUCUCAUCUUCAGCACCAGUAGACUUGUUUGCCUAUGAAAGUCGCAUAGGAACUAUGCCUGCUUAUGGGACCAAUUAUCGGGUCCUUCGUGAGCUCGGAUUUGCUGAAGGUUUAGCGACAGAACUGGCUGGAAAAAACCCUAAACGCUGGGUAAAUUCUUCUUCGACAAUGUACAAAACUAUUUACGACAACGCGACAUGCGAGCUGGACGUGAAAACAAGAUGA